AUGCCCCCCCCUUUCCGUGUCGCCAGCACCUCCCCACCCCGUGCUGCUCCUCGUGUGGUCCCCGGGCCGGCGGCAUCCGCGCCACCGGGGAUGGUUAGAGAUGCCGGUUCCCGGACCGCACUGCAGAUCCGCCGCGCCGGACCCUCUGGGACGCGGGGUCGGUGCUUUAAUGUGCCCCGCGGUGGUUCUGACGUGUCCCCAAGUUUGAGAGGCCCCGUGCUAAGCCAGCGGUUCAAGGCCUCUCCACAUAAUGCAGUGCGACAGGUGGGUUUCCUUCUUCCGUUCAUCAAGGGUUUGCUGAGCACCUACUAUGCACCUGGCUCCAGCCCCAGGGAGACGGCAGGAAACAGCAGACCGUGCCUGGAGGGUAAACAGGUGGUGAGAACAGACCCUCCUGGCAGAGGGAGCAGCGUGGGUAACGACCUGGGGAGGGAGGGGCGCCGGGCGCGGGCGGCGCCCGGGGCCGGAGCGGCUUCUCGGGCGCAGGUCUCGCUCAUCAGCACGUCGUUCGUGCUCAAGGGGGACGCGACGCACAACCAGGCGAUGGUGCACUGGACGGGCGAGAACAGCAGCGUGAUCUUGAUCCUGACGAAGUAUUACCAUGCCGACAUGGGGAAGGUUCUGGAAAGUUCUCUGUGGCGGUCCUCGGACUUCGGGACGUCCUACACCAAGCUCACCCUGCAGCCCGGCGUCACCACGGUCAUCGACAACUUCUACAUUUGCCCGACGAACAAGAGAAAGAUCGUCCUGGUGAGCUCGUCCCUCAGCGACCGCGACCAGAGCCUGUUCCUCAGCACGGACGAGGGCGCCACCUUCCAGAAGCAGCUCAUCCCCUUCUCGGUGGAGACUCUGAUCUUCCACCCCAAGGAGGAGGACAAGGUGCUGGCCUACAGCAAGGAGAGCAAGCUGUACGUGUCGUCCGACCUGGGGAAGAAGUGGACCCUGGUGCAGGAGCGCGUGACCAAAGACCGCGUGUUCUGGGCUGUGUCUGGGGUGGAUGCCGACCCUGACUUGGUCCACAUAGAAGCCCAGGACCUCGGAGGAGGUCUGCUGAGCAAGGACAUGGUCAAAGGCCAGUGGCCCUCAGCAGUUACAGCGCCACUGAGCGAGGGGAUGGGUGUGUGGACUGGAAACCAGCUUCUCGGAACUGUGUUCUCGCCUCCUGUUUAGGCAACGUCAGCGAACCGGACCAAGUACUACGUCUCUUACCGUCGAAAUGCAUUCGUCCUGAUGAAGCUGCCGAAGUACGCGCUGCCGAAGCCGAAUCAGAGCCGAAUCAGUGUCCGGCGGACGGGGAAUCUGAGACUUUUCCCAGGACACCGCCCGAGACCCGCUGGCAGUGAGCACAGAGCUCCCCGUGGAGGAGACUGUGCCUCCUUUAAGCCGGAUUUCUGUGGUUCGGGCCCUUGGGGGGAGAUGGGCAGAUCCCCCGAUGCCAAUGCGGGCAUCCCUCCCACAGCCAGGGAGCAGGGCUGGAGUGCAGCCCCCAUUUUGGAGGUCCGAGGGGUGAAGGGAGUGUUCCUGGCGAACCAGAAAACCAAUGGGAAGGUGGUGACACUCAUAACCUACAACAAGGGUCACGACUGGGAUCGCUUGAGGCCACCCAGCACGGACAUGAACGGGAAACCAACCAACUGUGAGCCGCCGGACUGCCACCUCCACCUGCAUCUGCGAUGGGCGGACAACCCCUACGUGUCGGGCACCGUGCACACGAAAGACACCGCCCCGGGCCUCAUCAUGGGCGCAGGUAACCUGGGCUCGCAGCUGGUGGAGUAUAAAGAGGAAAUGUACAUCACGUCGGACUGCGGGCACACCUGGCGGCAGGUGUUCGAGGAGGAGCACCACGUCCUCUACCUGGACCACGGCGGCGUGAUCGCGGCCAUCAAGGACACCUCCAUCCCCUUGAAGAUCCUCAAGUUCAGCGUCGACGAGGGCCUCACCUGGAGCACGCACAACUUCACCAGCACCUCUGUGUUCGUGGACGGGCUGCUGGGCGAGCCGGGGGACGAGACGCUGGUCAUGACCGUCUUCGGCCACAUCAGCUUCCGCUCGGACUGGGAGCUGGUCAAGGUGGACUUCCGGCCCUCGUUCUCCAGGCCGUGCCGUGAGGGUGACUACAGCUCCUGGCACCUCAGCGACCUGAAGGGUGACCGCUGCAUCAUGGGCCAGCAGAGAAGUUUCCGGAAGAGAAAGCCCACGUCCUGGUGCGUCAAGGGGAAGAGCUUCACGUCUGCGCUGGAGUCCCGGGUGUGCAGGUGCCGGGAGUCGGACUUUCUCUGGUACCGCAAGGUGGUGUCCAACGUGUGCGAGGGCGGCGUGGACCCGCGGCAGAGCCCGGCACAGAGGCAGUGCCCGCUCUCCCCGCCCCGGGGCCUGCAGGUCAGCGUCCGCGGCCAGGCAGCGGCCGUGCGGCCCGGGGAGGACGUGCUGUUCGAGGUGCGGCAGGAGCAGGGUGACGUCCUGACCACCAAGUACCAGGUCGACCUCGGGGACGGCUUCAGGGCCACGUACGUGAACCUCACGCUGACCGAGGAGCCCAUCCGGCACCGCUACGAGAGCCCCGGCGUCUACCGCGUGUGGGUCAGCGCGGAGAACGUGGCGGGCCGCGACGAGGCGCUGCUCUUCGUGCAGGUCAACUCUCCCCUGCAGGCCCUCCACCUCGAAGUGGUUCCCAUCGUUGGCCUCAACCAGGAGGUGAACCUCACAGCCGUGCUGCUGCCCCUGAACCCCAACCUCACCGUCUUCUACUGGUGGAUCGGCCACAGCCUGCAGCCCCUGCUCUCCUUGGAGAACUCUGUGACCACGCGGUUUGCAGACACGGGGGACGUGCGGGUGACGGUGCAGGCCGCCUGCGGGAACUCGGUGCUGCAGGACUCCAAGGUGGUCCGUGUGAUGGACCAGUUUCAGGUGGUGCCUCUGCGGUUCUCCAAGGACUUGGACGCGCAAAACCCCAACACCCCCGAGUGGAGAGAGGACGUCGGCCUGGUGGUGACCCGGCUGCUCUCCAAGGAGACCAGCGUCCCCGAGGAGCUGCUGGUGACGGUUGUGAAGCCGGGGCUGCCCACCUUGGCCGACCUGAACGUGCUCCUGCCCCCGCCCGGGCCCACAAGGAAGGGGAGCCUCACAAGUGACAAGAGACUCCUGGCCAUUCAGCAGGUGCUGAAGGCGCAGAAGAUCAGCUUUGUCCUGCGAGGCGGGGUCCGGGUCCUGGUGGCCAUGAGGGACACAGACACAGACUCUCCGAGGCUGGGAGGCGGUGGUGGCUACUGGGCGGUGGCGGUCCUCGUGGUCAUCGGACUCUUCGCAGUGGGCGUGUUCAUCCUCUACAAGUUCAAAAGGAAACGCCCAGGCAGGACCGUGUACGCCCAGAUGCACAAUGAGAAGGAGCAGGAGAUGACGAGCCCCGUGAGCCACAGCCAGGGCGUCCAGAGCGCCAUCCAGGGGAAUCACUCGGGCGUGGUCCUGAGCAUCAACUCGCGAGAGAUGCACAGCUACCUGGUGAGCUGAUGGCCCCCGAGGCCCGCGCCCCGGACACUCUCCUCUGCGCCGGCUCAUCCCCGGAGGGCACCGGUGCUGGGACCCGAGUCCCCUCAGAGACCUGCGGAAGCGCCCCCUCCCCUCAGCUCAUGCCCGCACGGGGGCCUGACCCCCGACCCCCCGGACACCAGGCCCAAGGCGCCCCCCACUGCCCCCAGCCCGACUGGGCACUUCUCUGUCCCCGGACCCCGCGUGGCUGCCCUACACCACGUGGCCCCAGCCCGAGGCCCGGCCACCCUAGAGACAGGAGGUGCGCCUACCGGUCACCCUGAACCGGGGAGCCCCUGUCCCCAUGCAGUGACCCAGGAGCCCUGCCGGCUUUCUUCUUCAUAACCCCCAGGAAGGCGGCUCCUACCUGCAUGGCCUCCCUCUGCGGGGGCCGCCCCUUCAGAGUCCAGAAAGCCUGUGACCCAGACCCCACCCCUGUCCUGGGCCUCCCAACACAGCCCUCCGUGCCUCCCGCUGUCCGCCUCUUUUUAAACUGCAGAUAAUGUAAAUACCUCUUUAGGUAGCUGUUUGCGUUCUGGGGGUGGGGGGUCGUUCAGCUUUCUUCUCUGUGGUCAGGCAGUAGCCAUCUGGGUUGCUUUGUCAGAGCCCCCUUCUCUUUUAGUGCCCAGCGCGGCCCCUCUGCCUCCCAGGCUCCAUUCCCAACCCCGCGACCAGAGGGACAGGUGCUCUGAUGGCUCUGCCCCACCCCCCACCCCCCACUCCGGGCCCGGGGCCUGCACUUCUGCAGCCAGCCAGCAGGUGGCACCGUCCGCAGGCUCCCUGCCCAUCGGCAGGGGUCUCCGCCUCCCCAUGGGCGCGGUGGGAACCGCCCCUUGGACGAAUCCGGGUAGGGGACAGGGUCCAGAAGAGGGUUCAGAUGGCAGAGCGGGAAGGGCCGCCUAGGAGUGUGCCCCUCCCUUAUUCUGAAGAUGGAGAAAUUGAGGCCCAGAGAGGCGGUGACUUUCCCAAAGUCACACAGCAAGAAGGUAGCAGAGGUGCCCCAGGGACCAGCCCUCUGCGCCCCGUGCAGUGAGUGCGCUCACUCACAGGUGCCUAGAAUCAGGGACGCUAGCCGAAGUCUACAUGUGAAUAUGGAGGGGUGCUCACCUUUUGCCUUGAAACCGGAAGUCCGUAUUCUCCCUCCCGCCCUCCUCUCCUCCCCCUUAUUCUCCCUCCUCCCUCCUCCUCUUCCCUUCUCCCCCACUUCCCCUCCUGGGCAGGGCUCCCAGCCCCCCAGGUCUUCCCCUGGGAGGUGGGGGCACCAGAGCUCAGGCUGGGAGCUCUGGCUGGUGGUGAAUCCAGAAUAAGGCCGAGGGGGUGUUAACUCACUUCCUUACAAAGGCCUGCAAGGGGGGGGGGCGGGAUGAGCUGUCACACCCACAACAGCCCCCAGCACUCAGGAGCCCCUCAGUCUGUGUGGCACAAAUAGGGUCUUUGGGACCACAACGAGGAAGGGGGCCCUGUGUGUCACACGCCAGGUGGUGGAGGCAUCCUUCUCCCCAGCCGCCUGCCCCACCCCAGAGGUCAGCUUGCAAGUCGUUCUUAAGACCCCGCCUUGGGGAAGGGCUGGGGCCCAGGGACAGAGUGGACGUGUUGCUGGUGAGGUGGGCAUGGGAGCCCCGCUGGGACUCUCGGACCUUUGCCACCGGCCUCCCACUGUUUGCAGUGUUCACACACCUUAGGGAGCCUGCGCCCCGCCAUCCACCUCCAGCUGCUCCACUGAGCAUCAGACACCCAGGGACAGACACUGUCCGCACCACCCAGAGCCGAGGUCAAGGUCAGCAUGCGUCCCCUGGACACAGUCCCCCAACCCAGCUCACCAGUGCCCGCAGGCGACCGCCCCUUUGACCUUCCUCGACCACUCAAGUUCAUUCUCUCUCCUGUUUGGGUCAGGGUUUUUUCCCCCUUAGUUGUGUUUUUCUCGUAUUUUAUGUUAUUAUUUCUAUUAAGAGUGUCUUGAGUGUGUGGACCCCAGAGCCGGGAGUAAGGUGACAUCUCACAUACCUUGUACGUUUCCAUCCCCAUAACCACACAGACCCACGAGGUGUGUGGGUCCCCGGCUAGACAUUUGAGGUUCCACGAAUGUGCUGCACAGGCGCCCGGGUGACGUGUGGUCUUCAGUGGGGCAGCUAACACUUCGCCCGACCGGGCUCUGCCCAUACUUGGUACGUCACGUAACAAAGAUGCAGAAAAGUCUUUCUUAUUUUUCCUUUUUAAAAAUCAAUAAAUCAUUUGUGAUGCUUUUAACAGAUUAAAUGAAUAUAAUCAGC